AUGUCAACUUCAAUUCAACAAGAGCUCUUUGGCGAUCUGUGCCAUCCCCGCCUUGGUUCUCGUUCAACUCAAAAAGCGCCGAGCGAGGCCAGCCUUGCCCCUGUCCUCGUCCUUGUCCCCAAAUCCUACGGUAGCUUCACUCAAGUUUGCUCUUUUGCCUUUACCUUUGCCUUUGCCUUUGUGGGCCUGUCAAAGUUGGCGGGAAUCUAG